UAUGAAGGAUAUGACGCGGUGAUACAAUUUUACUAACAUUACUUCUUUGGGAGAUUUUACAAGUUUUUGUGGAUGUUUAAAAGAUACUUUUAAGUGGCUGUUAUUUUCGGAUGGAUGGACUAACAACAAAGAACAUUUAUGUUACGUUCCGGGAAUACGGAGUAAAGGAGAAAACAUUACGAGUAUGAAGAUGGAUUAAGGUUUAAGCAAUAUUGUCUCAAUCUCUCGUAAUUAAGGAUAUGACGAUGAUACAAUUUUACUAACAUUACUUCUUUGGGAGAUUUUACAAGUUUUUGUGGAUGUUUAAAAGAUACUUUUAAGUGGCUGUUAUUUUCGGAUGGAUGGACUAAUAACAAAGAAAAUUUAUGUUACGUUCCGCAAAUGCGGAGUAGAGGAGAAAACGUUACAAGUAUGAAGAUGGAUUAAGGUUUCAGCAUUUAAUGUUUUGCUUUCUUGUUCACUAAACUGAUUCUGGUUAUUAGAGUUUCUGGCACAGAGAAAUUUAUAGAACCAAAAAGAGUAGGCUGGACUGUAAUGUUGAUCCAUCAAGAAUCAUUGGAGAUCAAGCAUUAAGUCUAAUAAAAGAUGGGCUUUGCAUUGUGAAAUUGUGUUUAUGGGCUUUGCUUGGGUAAUUAUGUUUGAUGGGUUUUGCUUGGGUAAUUAUGUUUAUUGUUUGAUGGGCUUUAUCUCACAUCCUUAGUUGAAAAUUAAGGACUUAAAGUAGUGGUUACCCAGAUGGGAUUUUAUAAUGAAAAGUUGAGCUGUGCCACUGCCAGUAGCAGUUAGUACCUGAAAGUUCCCAUAAUAAUAUUUCCAGUUAAGAGAGGUUUAGGUCUCCUUGUUUUAACCAACACACCAUAAGAUGAUUAAUGCCCUAACAACUACUCCACCCCAUCAACUCCAUCUUGUUAUUCUUCUUCAGCUCACUUUUGAGUUUUGCCUGCAUAUAUAAACACGAAUGGUGGACUCGAGAUUCAACAGCAAUCAACACGAAGCCAACCAGCUAACUCUCCUAAGUCCUACUCAAAAGUUUAAACACACUGUUAUUUGAAAAUCACCAAUGGCUUUCUCAGUCAAGAGGCUAAGUUUCCAACUUACACUACUUUUUCUCAUCACAUUUGCCACCUCAACUCGGAUCCUCGAGGAAGUGGCUGCACCUGUCCCGGAGCCAGACACCUCAGUUGCUGAUGUAUUCCCGCCUACUACAGUCGCUUCCCCAGGAGGUGGGGCUUCUGGUGGAGUCGGUGCCUCAGGAAGUGGGGCUUCUAGUGGAUUCACUGCCUCAGGAGGUGGGGCUUCUGGUGGAGUUGCUGCCUCAGGAAGCGGGGCUUCUGGUGGAGUUGCUGCCUCAGGAAGUGGGGCUACUGGUGGAGUUGCUGCCUCAGGAAGUGGGGUUGCGGCUGCAGGAGGUGGGGCAGCUACUGCAGCAGGUAGUGGGGCUGAAGCUGGUGCUGUUGCACAUGGGGAACACCCUACAUUGGUUUUUUUCAUGCAUGACAUCCUAGGAGGAUCCAAUCCCACAGCCAAAGCAAUCACUGGUGUUGUAAGCAACCCAGCUGUUAGUGGGCAGGUCCCCUUUGCUAAGCCUAAUGGUGCAGUCCUUGCUAACAACAAUGGUGUUCCUCAGAACAAUGGUAACUCUGGGAUCAUGAACAACAACAAUAUGCCCUUCCUCACUGGCCUUGGUGGCGUAAACCCCAAUGUGAUGCAGAACAAUAAUGGUGGUAACAACUACAUUGGAGGAAAUGGAUUCCCGGUUGUGAAUGGGGCCCAGCUCGGCUCAGGGACCACCCUGCAGCAGCUUAUGUUUGGGACUAUGAUAGCCGUUGAUGAUGAGCUCACUGAUGGUCAUGCUCUCAACUCAGGUAUGGUUGGCCGUGCUCAAGGGUUUUAUGUCUACAGUUCAGUUGACGGAAAAACUCAGACAAUGCUCUUUACUGCUAUGUUCCAAGAAGGUGGAUACCAUAACAGUCUCAACUUCUUUGGGAUUCAUCAGACUGCUGUUUCUGAAUCUGUAGUUUCCGUCAUGGGUGGAACUGGGAAGUAUGUCAAUGCCAAAGGAUUCGCCACCGUCAAAACUCUCCCUCCUGUCGAUCAGCAUGAGACUGACGGUCUCGAGUCCGUGCUUGAGUUUUCUGUUUAUCUUACAUACUAGUGUGCUUUUAAAUGUGUAAUUAUGGUGUUUCUCAUUUGUAGUGUAUUCUGAAAUUUGUGUACAACAAUUUGAGUGCUAUGAAAAAAUUUGGUUUACUUUGUAAUAUGAAAGCAAUGAUAUGAUAAAUUUGAAAAAUUUGCUAAA